AUGGCGUUCAAUUUCGGCUCUGGUACAGGUGGCACUUCUGGUCAAUCGAGUGGUGGUCUCUUUGGCACAGCUGGCUCCAACACGACUGGUGGGACAGGAGGCUCGUUAUUCGGUAGUGGCGUAGGUGGAAGCACAGGCUUUGCCUUUGGACAGACUCCAGCUUCAGGAAGCAGCGACAACAAGACCGGAGGCAUAUUCGGUCAGUCCUCAAAUGCGCAAAGUAGCGAUAACAAACCUUCGGGAGGACUGUUCGCCAGCAAGCCGUCUACAGGAGGUUUCUUUGGCCAGCAGACGUCCGCACAAUCCGCAGAUAACAAGCCCUCCUUCCUCAGCAACGUAGGAUCCUCUGCAUCUGAGACACCUGGCACUCCUAACCAGUCUGCUGCCCCAAAGUCCUUGUUCGGCUCAACCACACCUGCGCCAGCAAGCGGAUUCAAUUUCGGAACCACAUCUACCACUCCUGCAGGCCAGCCACCAGCUCAAACGCUUUUCGGCGCAAGUACUGGCACAUCUACCUCUCAACCGCAGUCUUCCACGCCUGCCCCUAUGUUUGGAAACCCACCUUCCAAUACCGGUUCCUCACAGCAGACAACUGCCGCUCCGACCUUUGGGGGAAUCUUUAGUGGUGGUUCAAGUUCCUCUGGUGGAAUCUUUGGUCAGAAGAAAGACGCUACACCAUCUACUGGUGGCCUCUCAUUUGGUCAAAAGACGGAUACUUCUCAACAGCCUUCGAGUGACGGACUUUUUGCGCAGAAGCCUGCCGAUUCGGCAACGACACAAGCUCAAAGCACCCCAAUUUUUGGUGCAAACCCAUCAUCGAGUCAGACAACUCCUGGCGGAAUGUUCAGCGGAUCCAGGCCGACUGAAACUACACCUACCCCAGGAAUUUCAUUCGGUGCUCAGACUAGUGCUGCACCAGCGUCAGGUACUGCCACUUUCAGCUGGGGCCAGUCGAACAAGGAUAACAAGCCUGCUGAUGCAGCUUCAAAACCAGAGACCCCUAAACCUUUCUCGUUCCCUACCACACAAUCCACCCCUGCAACAUCAAAUGCACAACCAGCUGCUUCACAACCAGCCUCAUCAACUUUCUUCACUCCUACCACCCAGUCAGGAGGGCCUGUUUCGGGUUCCUCACAAGCCUCAACUGCUACUCCUUCGACUAGUAACAUCUUUGCCAAACCCGGAGCUCCUGCCAGUCAGGCUGCUGGCUCAACACAAACAGGAAGCUUCCAAUUUCCCAACUUAGGUGGAGUUGGUUUAGGCGGUAAGCAGCCAGAGUCUACCCAAAGUAGCAGUGCUGCGCCUGCAGCGACUCCCUUGUUCUCAGGUAUAGGUACAACUAGCACGCCUGCUUCAUCCGCUGCAGGCACAUCCACAGCUGCAUCCACGUCAGGCUUCUUUGGCUUGGGUGCAACAUCAGCACCCAAGACUUCGGAGCCAGCCACAGCAACCACAACAGCACCGACUGGAGGUGUUUUCAAUCUAGGUGGUGAAAGGACUCCCGCUCCUUUAAAUAAUGCAAACCCUACGACAGCCGCCACAACGGGUCUUGGUGCCUCUACCUUGGGACAGCCAAAUCUGACAGCUUCUACAGCAGGACCCGUACCACCUCAUCAAUCACGGCUCAAAAACAAGACAAUGGACGAGAUACUAACUAGAUGGGCCUCCGACUUGACUCGAUACACAAAAGAAUUCAAGCAGCAUGCAGAGACUGUAGCUCAUUGGGAUCAGAUCAUUGUCGACAAUUCGCAAAAGAUUGACAAGCUGUAUGUCAAAACCCGGACUUGUGAGAAACAGACCAUGAGUGUGGAAAUGCAAUUGGCAGCUGUGGAGAACCAGCAAAACGAGCUCGAGGCAUGGCUAAAUAAAUAUGAGAAUGAUGUCGAUGAAAUGCUCGCGAAAGAUGGACCAGCUCAGAACGAGCUGGGUGGACCAGAUCAAGAACGAGAACGAACAUACAAGCUUGCGGAACGACUUGGCGAACAACUCGACGAUAUGGGUCGAGACUUAGAAAGCAUGAUUGAAGAAGUCAACGCUGCAAAUGCCAACCUUGGAAAGGGUAACAAUGCUGACGAACCUAUUACACAAAUUGUCAAGAUAUUGAACUCCCACCUCAGUCAACUGCAAGCUAUUGAUCAGGGAACAUCGGCCUUGCAAACUAAGGUAGCCGCGGCACAAAACGCUGCUAAGGGCAUGAGCUAUAUGAACGGGUCUUUGGGUGGAGAUAAACAAGCUGCAGCAGAUAACUUCUGGCAGACUUAUUUGCAUCCACGGUAG